UUCGGUGCGACUUACAGAACUUAAUCAAGGAGGAAGAAAAUAAUCAGCGAAAGCCUCAUUCAACAACUUGUCUUAACAAUAUAGCUCGGUGUGACGAUGCAGCUGAUAGUAAAACUGCUUAGCGGUGAGGAGAAGCGCCUGGAAGUAAGCGGUGAUGCUACCGUUGGAAAUCUCAAACAGGUUAUCUCUCAGUACUUCAAAGUACCCGCUUUUAAGCAGAAGCUGUCGGCCGAAAACGGUCAACGGAUCAGCCUGGAGGAUGAAUCCCGGACCCUCACCAGCUACGGGCUGAACUCCGGCUCGGUGGUGAUGCUCCUCAUCACAACUAAUCCCGCAUCUUUCCAGGUGUUCGUCAAGAACGAAAAGGGACAGGUCAAAACUUAUGAUGUGAACGCCAACGAGACCGUCGAUCAGCUCCAGACCAAGAUCUACCAGAAAGAGAGAGUGCCGAAGGACCAGCAGAGACUGAUUUUCAACGGUAGACAGCUCGAGUCUGGCAUGAAGUUGCAGGACUAUGACAUCACAUCAUUGAGCACCAUUCACAUGACGCUCCGUCUACGAGGAGGAUAAUGAUGCAGAAAGCUGUUAAAAUGUUACUACUCCGUGUUUUGAGUAGUUCUGUCAGUCCUGCGGUGUUCUUGUUAACUUUACGUUGACUGUAGUAAGUUAUAAUUCCAGGCUAUUGUUUAUAUUCAUGUAUGAUACAGCAGGGCAAAACAUCGUUCCUCGUAACAAAAGAUAGGCCUACUGCUUUAUAAUGGCAGUGAUGAGCAAUUCUUUAAAUUCAUUUGCUGUAUUUUGCAUUGUUAUAAAAAAUAGCCUAAUAAUUUAAACCUUUCCAAAUUUGUUUUUGUUAAAAGUGCUAAAAUCUAUUCAAAUGUUUAUUCAAGUGUUUUCAAUGCCGUGAUGUUCACACGGUAUUAUGUCCUGAGCAUGAACCUUCAUGUUCACUGUAAUUUCAGUGUAUAUAUCUUUACAUUCCUGUAUCUUUAAUAUAUAUCACAUUUUGCAUUAUUAAAAACAAU